UUUAAAAGAGCAGUCGAUAGCAGCUACUGAUCGCAGCGGUACUUUUUUUUGCGCACUUUUCCUACGCCAUAAAGAGAUGCAGGAACAAAUUGUGAUAAAAAAAGAGGAGCUUGAUAUUGAUGAUACCAAGAUAAAGCUAGAGCUAGAUGAAGAUGCGCCCCAGUUGGAGUUGCCGUGUGCGACCCGCUUUAUUAAAAUCAUCGACGAGAAGCCUAAUAUGAUAACGGUGCCGGUGCAUGACUACAAAUCCGAGGACGAGCUAAAGUUUAUUGAGAGUCUCCGCACGGUCGAUCAGCAGCAAAAGUUAUUUGUGACAUCAUCCUGUGAAAAUGAUGGCGCACUUGCAUGCAACAUUUGCAGUUAUAGGUGUGAAAAUCGUCUGGCGCUGGCCUCGCAUCAGAUCAACCACCAGUUAAAUCGGCAUUUUUGCUACUAUGGCUGUGGAGUUUGGUGUGACAUGUUGGAGGAAAUACUGGAGCAUGAAUUUCGUCAGCAUGCGGACGGUAUAACUGGAUCGAGCUGCAGGAUUUGUCUGUUGGAAUGUAGCGAUGCUGCCAGCUUGGCUAAGCACUUGGGCAGUCACUUUUUUGUUCGCCGCUUUGUUUGCGCGAUAUGUCGCAGGCACUUUGAGACGAAUCCGGGUCUGCAGCUGCAUUGGCAGCACAGCAAGGGGCUAUGCGGGCAAGUGGAGUAUGCAGAUAUGCAUGGUAACGUGGGUCAACUAGUGGCGGUCAAUAGGUUGGACACGAAUUUCGACGUACAAAUCAAAACAGAACCGCUAGAUCCAGCACAGGAGCAAACAGAGCAGGACAUAGAUAUGUCAGAUGUUCUUAUCAAAACAGAACCACAGAUUAAAGAAGAAAUAGAAGAAGAGUCAAAGUCUGACCGUGAGCCCAGCUGGGCAAGUGAUAACAGUCUAGCAGGACAAUUGCGCGGCAAAUUGCGCCUGCCAGCCAUAAAGAAACCUGUCAACGUGGAAACUGCUAAUAAACAAAAUAAAUCUCCCGCCAUACAACUUGUACCAUCGGACCAAUUGAAGCCCGUACAAUUGCCCAUCUCUGAGCCAAAGCUGUUGAAUAAUAUUUUGAAUGCAAGCAAAGGCACCAUAAAUCAACCUAAAGUCGUACAACCCGUAAAGAAUAAGCCUCACAUAGCAGGUAACAUCUUGAAGGUGCUGCCAAGCAACUGUAUGCUGUUCAAAUUGCCUCCAAAUACAAAAAUCGUCAAGAUAUCGCCUACCUCGGGCAGCGUAAACACAAAUAAUUGCUCCACAGGCAGCAAAGUUGUAACACCGCCAAGUGCUCUGUCGAUAAGUUCGGUUUCACAGCCGAUCAAUAGCUUAACCGUUGCAAAGGCACCUAGUGCAGUUGCAUCACAAGCAGCAGGCACACAAAAGCCCACGUUGAAUCGCAAUGCCUAUUUCAAUGCAUUAAGUUUGUUUGAGAGCCUGCCCGAAUCUCGCAAGAUCAUCACUGAGUUCCAGAAUCAAAUACGCAGCAUAGAGCAAACGCUUCCGAUGCCCGGGAGUGUCCUGCAAAUGCCAAAGAAAAACAAUAAACUGGUGGUGCAAACGCAGUUGGAGGUGCUUAAGAUGCCAUUAACCAAGGCGAGCCACUCGAAAGUCCGCCAGUUGCGUUUCACCUAUCCCAAUCAUCGUUUCCAUUGGGAAUGUCCAAAAUGUGCACGCUGUUACGAACUCUAUUUGGCAUUCUGUAACCACUUGACGCAGGUGCAUGGCAUUGCGGAAGCUGAGUUUGAACAGAUGGAGGUGGAAGUAAAAAUGUACAAGAGAUCAAAUGAGUCCAAGACUCCUGCGGAUGCCGCAGCAGCAGAAGAAAAAGUAGUAGCAGCUGUGGAAGCAUGUUCUUCUGCACCAGAAGCAUCAACUCCAGUUGUCGUACCUGCUCCUCCUGGCGCUGUGGCUCCUGUUAACGACUCACCAGCAGUUACAACUGCCGUAUCAUGUCUAAAGCCAGCCGUAGCUUGUCUAAAGCCAGCUUCUGAAGAUUCUUCUUCUCCACCCAACUCUGCUAAGUCAGCACGACCAGGACCCAUUGUUCGCCCCGCUCAGUAUCAAUGCGACGAUUGCGCCAAGUGCUUUACGACAGUGGGCGCCUUGCGAAUUCAUAAGAUGAUACACACCGGCGAGCUGCCGCAUAAAUGUAACUUCUGUGAGAAACGCUUCCGGACGCCCGGCCAGGUACGCGUCCAUCAACGCAGGCACACGGGCGAGAAGCCAUUUAAAUGCAAGGUCUGUUCGCUGGACUUCACGCAUCGCGAGACGCUGAUCUCGCAUCUAUCACGUCACAUUGGUAUGAAGCGCUACAAGUGCUAUGGAUGUGAUAAGAACUUUGUAGUGGUUAGUGGCUUGCGCGCACAUCGUCGGCUACGCCCGGAUACGUGCGGCAAAGUUAAGUUCACAGCUCGUGCACACGGCCCACGUGUGCGUGUAAUACGCGGCGAGGUCGUUUUCGAAUCCCAUCCCGAGCACAAUGGUUAUUUGCGCAGCGAGGAUCCAAUAAAUAUCAUGUCCGAGAUUAAGCAGGCCUCUGUUACUAACGAGACCGAGUCAAGUUAACGCAUUACGAUAUUUCUGUUUCUAUUGAUUUCGCUUUAAUUGUAAUCUAUAUAUUUUGAGCGUUGUAAUUUUUUGUAGCGAAAUCACAAAAAUGUAAUGUUUACCUACCCCAGAUGAGGGUACUAAAAUACUGUCACAUGUCUUGGAUGUGAAGCAAAACCCAUUUUCAAUAAAGUAUUUAUAUACUUCAUCUGCUAGCUCGACAUGUCAGUUUGCAUAUAAGUCUAAUUGUUAAGUUUGUUUACUAUAUUAAGUAAUCUUCGCUGGCAUCUGUUGUGUGUCGGCCGGAUUCACAAUUUGUAUAAAAGAAACUAUAUUUUUUUUAUUAAACUC